AUGAUCAAAAUAAAUAUAGAUGAAGAUAUAGAUAAACAAAUAAUAGAGAAAUUUAAAAGUGAACAUAUUUUAGAUUUUAAUAAAACUACAAUACAGGAAGUAAGAGAAAAAAAAUUAAGAUCAACCGAAACCUAUGAUGAAUACCCAUGUACUAUCAAAAAAGAAACAUUCAAAUUAGGUGACGAUUUAGGUUCUGUUGAUGUGUUAUUUUUUUGUCCAAACGAAUUUGAUAAAAGACAAAGCUAUUCAGCUGUAUAUUAUAUUCAUGGUGGUGGUUGGUGUCUGGGUGGUGGGAAUCAUAAAUUACCCAGAGAAAUAUGCUUUAGAACAAAUUCUAUCGUUAUUUACCCAUUAUAUAUUUUAGCACCAGAAGCUAAAUUCCCAAUUGCAAUUGAGGAAUGUUAUGGUAUAUUAUGUAAAUUAGAAAAAGAGUCAUCAAUCUAUAAUAUAGACUUCAAUACUUUAGUUGUAGGCGGUGAUAGUGAAGGAGGUAAUAUAGCCAUCGCUCUAUCUAUUUUGUGUAAACAAAGAAAUGGUCCAAAAUUUAAAAACAAAUUUUAA